AUGGACUCACAGAGCUAUAUCGUAGUUCUUAAAGACCCCAUGCAAGCUGAGUCAGUUGAACUUGAAACGUUGCAUCUUGGCGGUGAAAUCAUAAAUAGAUUUAGUAUUAUUCCCGCGUUCGAAGCAAACUUAUCGAAAGUUGCAGUUGAGAAAUUGAAAAAUGAUUCUAGGGUUGAUUAUAUUGAAUCAAAUUCUGAUGUUUAUGCGUUUUAG